AUGAGUGAUGUUAGAGAAUUAAUACCGGAAUUCUUUUACUUGCCAGAAUUUCUGGAAAACGCCAAUAAAUUUAAUUUUGGUGUUAAGCAAGGGACAGGUGAAGUAAUUGAUUCUGUCAUUCUUCCACCCUGGGCGCAUGGCGAUCCUAAAAUAUUCAUACAAAAGCAUCGUCAGGCUCUCGAAUGUGACUAUGUUAGUGCUCAUCUCCAUGAAUGGAUAGAUUUGAUAUUUGGAUAUAAACAGCAGGGACAACCGGCCGUAGAAGCAGUAAAUGUCUUUCAUCAUCUUUCAUAUGAGGGCGCCAUUGAUUUGGAUGCAAUUAGUGACCCAGUUGAAAGAUCUGCAACAACCGGAAUUAUUCAUAAUUUCGGCCAGACACCUCGUCAAUUAUUCUUGAAACACCAUCCAUCAAGAUCUUUCGAAGCAAAUGAUUCGAGUAAUUAUAAAUUCAAUGAAAACGUAGAAAUGCUAAUACAAUCGAUAUCUCCUUUGCUAGAUAUUCGAUUGCAAGUACAUGAUAUACGUCUUGCGAAUGAUCGACUCUAUGCUGUUAGCACACAAAAAAUGUUA